UUGUAUUAGUGAAAAAAAAGAACAAACACAGCUGCACACGAGAUUAAAAUUAUAAAAUAAUUUAUUACCUCACCCCGGCUUCCACCGAACCGUUCAACGGCCUAUAAUGUCUCGAGUUAACUUGCACUCUGUGCAAUUAAUAGAACCGUCGACAUCGACGACAGCAGAUCCACAAGUAUUAAAAAAUUCCAAAGAUGCAUACUUAGAAGCAGUGCGAAUUUUAUUAGUUUUACUGGAAAACGUUUUAAAAGAACCACAAAAUCAGAAAUAUCGAACCAUUCGCCUUGAAAAUAAAACAAUUAAAGAGAAGCUACUUUCACUUGUCGGCAGUGCACAAUUACUGUUUGCAAUUGGAUUUCAAAAACGUAAUAAUACCGAAUAUACUCUACCGCUCGAAAUACCACUUCAACAGAUCUCGGAGUAUAAAAAUAUUUUGCAGCAGCGCAGGGAUGCUUGGUUGAAGGGAGGGACUGUGCCCAAUAUUGAUUUUGAAGUUUCACUGAAAUCAACCGCUGCGAGCUCCAAUAUGAAUGCACCACCAGUAGUUAAUUUUAUACGACCUUCUGUGCCUUACCGGCAAAGAACCACAUUUCCUCUAAUGUUGCGCACUACCAAUAAAUUUCUGCAGUCACUUGAAUUCUAUUCAGAUGCCGUUAUGCAAUAUGAAGAUGAGAAUUUACUAAAUGCUGGACGUGAAAUUAUACCUAUCGAUGAUCUAACACAAAAGGCGAGUCAGAAACUGAUUUCAAUACAAGAGCAAAUUGCUGAAGGCGCAAGUGACAACAAAGAACCUUGUAUAAGAGAUCUCAUAUUAGUUGAAUUAGUGAAUUGGUUCAAUACAGAGUUCUUUGAAUGGGUUAAUAAUAUGCCCUGCAAGGUGUGUGGCAGUGAGGAGAGUAAGUUACGACGUACUCAAACGGAGGGUGAUGUACGCGUUGAAGUCGGUAUCUGCUGUGGGCAGGAAACUAAAUUUUAUCGUUACAAUGAUAUAUCCCAAUUACUAGUUUCACGAAAGGGUCGGUGUGGCGAAUAUGCCAACUGUUUUACGUUUUUAUGCCGUUGCUUGGACUAUGAUGCACGCAUUGUACAUUCCUUUUUCGAUCAUGUCUGGACGGAGGUUUAUUCUGAAAGUCAAUUACGUUGGUUGCACGUGGAUCCGUCGGAUAAUGUUGUUGAUUCGCCACUUAUGUAUCAACAUGGUUGGAAACGUAAUAUUGAUUAUGUUUUUGCUUAUUCCUGUGAUGAUGCACAAGAUGUUACUUGGCGUUAUACAAAUAAUCAUAAACAGAUUUUAAAAACGCGCAGGUUGUGUGCAGAAAACGAGCUUAUUGAAUCCUUAAUAGCUUUAAGAAAGAAGCGUCAAGCUAACCUUAGCGAGGAGAGAAAGAAAUACUUGAGUCAGAGAAGUAUGUUGGAAUUAAUUGAGCUAACAGUCGAAAGAGCACCAACCGAGAACGAACUAAAAGGUCGCAGUUCGGGUAGCUUAUCAUGGCGGCAAUCGCGUGGGGAACAUACAUUUAAUGACAUUUUUAUUUUCACACCAAACAACACUGAAAUAGAAAAAAAGCAAUUCAAUGUGCGUUAUUGUUGCUCAACUGAUCUGUAUGAACGUUACAUAAAAGAUGGUUCGAAUAUAAACGUGUUAACAACAUAUAAGACUUGGCAAAGUGCACAGUUUUCAUCUGAAAAUAUUUUACGUAAGGUGGAAAGAGAUUGGAAAAUGGUUUACUUAGCUAGACAAGAGGAUAGUGAUUAUGCAGAAAUUGUGUGGAAAUUUAAAUUUACAACGGAAAAUUUAAAAGUGAAGAAUUAUAAUUUAAUUUUCGAGAGGAAAACUUUUGGAGAAGGCCAAAUUGAAGUAUUAGUCACCACCGGCGAUGGUGAGACGAAUAUUGAGGGUGCUACAGAAUUUCAAAUUAAAGCUAAACUAUCAGGCGGUAAAGGUGAUGUUGCUUGGCAGCAUACACAAUUGUUUAGACAAGGAUUGAAUGCAAAAGAUUAUCCAUUUGAUUUGCAAAUUGAGUUUAUGUAAAUAGAUUUUAGCCAAAAAGCGUAUUGGAAGGAUAAGUAGAGAUUUACAACAUGAAUUAAGAUAGCUUUGAGUCCUGCAUUUGUUUUCGAAUUUCCAAUUUUUAAAGUUCCUGUUCAGAAAAGAUUCAUUAAUUUGUUAGUCUUUAGUUUUGAUAAUAUAUAAAAGUUCGGAAAACAAUUUUGAACUAGGUUUUUAGAAAUCGAAUAUAUGUCACAAAUCAUUUAUACGCUUUUAAUCUUCAAAAUUUAGAAAGUAAGAAAGAAAGCAAGAAAUUUUUUUCACUUACAAAAAGUUUAAAAACAAAUUGAACAGAUCAGGAUAAGUUCAGGAUCCUCUUAAACAGAUCAACGUCUCGAAUCGUUUUAGUCGUUUUCAUGUCAGUGAGACUUACAUAAUUUUAAGAAUAAAAUUUUUAUGCUCUUUAAAAUGUACAAUAUUAGUUGAUUAUAUCUCGUAAUUGUUGUUGUAAUCCGCAGGGACCUAAAGAGCAGAAAACAUGACAGGAUUGCAAGACAAAGACAGCAUGGAAUGUGUAGUAAGGGAGAUGUCAGAUGUGAAAUUGUGUUUAGUAAAGGUACAAUGUAAGUGCUAAUUGAACCCCGCAUCGUACUCCUAUGUUGUAGUCGUCUUAUUCUACCAAUUGAGCAAUUACUCAGAUCAAUAAUGAAUAUAUGAAUAAUAAUUUUUAUUAUUUUUAAAUAUUAUGUAUAUUUUGCAGAUCUUAAUAUUCUUACCAGUGUUUGUUAUAUAUUACCCAUCAGUAUUUAAGAAGAUUUUUUGAUUUAUUUUUUUGAAAACUUCGACGAAAAGAAAGAAGUUCAAGUUGUCGAUAUUGACGAGUGAUUGCAGGUCAACACUCUCUCAUUUUGCAAACCUGUAUAUCUACCCCAUAAAUUUUUAAAAACCAAUUUUUAUCUAUUAGAUAUAUUUUCACAAACUAUUUUGUAUAUAAAUAUAUUUUAUACUGAUAAGAAAUUCUAUCAUAAAGAUUCUAUACAUAAAAGGUUCUUUAAAAAAAAAAUUACUUUGUUGAAACAUUCCACAUAAAUUAAGUACUUAAAUAUCUAUUGAGAUAAUUUACUUAUUAUAAACAUUUCAUCGGUUGAUAGAGAUUUGCAUAUAGUGAUUAUAUGUGUUCAUGAUUCAGUUUCAAAUUCUUAUAAGGAAAUUAAAAUUUGUAUCAUAUACUUCGGGCCAACUUCAAACAAUUAUCAGAACUGUUGGUUCAGAUUUAUUUAAAUAUCUACUAUAAAAAAAUAUAAAUUUGACCUAAAAACCUUAUUAGACAUUUUAAACAACUCUCCUAGAUAUGUUGAGGAUAACGGAGACCAUAGAUACCAUAUAUAUUAUUAUUAAUUAGCUAGCGAGUCAUAAUAUUUGCGAUGUUCACAUCACUGUCUGUCAAUAAUUUAAUCUCUUAGAUAUUGAUUGAAUGAAAUUAGUUGAAUAUGUCAUAUAACGUCCACACACAUAAAUUAAAAAUAAUGUUUUAUAUCUAGAUUUCACUUCCAGAAAUAAUUUAAAAAUUUUUAAUAUAUUGGUAGCAGCACGUUCCUUGAGCCUUUAAAUGUAAGUCCAUUGUGAAAAAUGAGUUAAAAAGUAAAUAGUAGCAAAGUGAUUUGUAGUAUAACUAUGUAAGAAGGGAAUUGAAUAGUACUUCGACAUUUUGAUGACUAAGCAUGUAGAUUGAAAAUUUUUUUUGGAGUGGGUCGAACAUCUUCGGGUAGGUCCAACAUCUUUGAGUAGCUUAAACAUAUUCGAAUAGAUCACAAAUUUUUGUACAUUGGAAGUGUUUGAUCCAAAUUUUCGAAUUCGAGUAUAUAUCGCAAUCUUGAACACUUUAAAGCACUAGUAGGAUAUUUCGACUUUCAAAAUCAACUUUGUUCUUUAACUUAAUACCUACUUUUCUUUUACCUAAAAACAUAUGGCUGUGUUCUUACAUGACUAGCUUAAGUCUUAUUUACAUAAAUAUUCUUGUUCAAAGAAUUUUUUAGGAGGUACUUAGUUUUCUGGACACUUAGUGGAGCAUAAAGAUUUCUCAUUAACUACUUGUGUGUAUGAUUAAUAGAAACCUAAUAUCGUUUUUUAACACGCAAGGCACAUAUAUAUAUUUAAAAUUAAUAUUUAAAGUUCCUUGGUACAUUAGGACGAAUGACAUCCUUAGGGACCUCAAGAUUGAUCCCAUCAAAAAA